AUGUGCUCGCACCUACAGAACGCAUCCAAGGCCCGCCUGGCCAUCACGUCGAUACCAAGCAACAAGUACAAUCUGCAUGUAUCGCUGGCCCUGCACCGCGCGGGAUUCCUUUCACACGUGUACCGAGCCGGCCCCGUGCCCCCGACGCUCGAGCAGAUGGUCACUAAGGAACCCGAGCUCGUCACCACCGCCAACGUCUCCCAGAUGAGGUUGUGGCUCGGCCUCAAGUACUGGGAGGGCCAGCCCGUUCUGUCCAGGGCCAGCAUGAUCAGUAAGCCCUCGCGCCUCAUGACGGUUAAUAUCCAGGAGCUCGGGCGGCUGUCCAGGGGUUUCUCGGCUAAGCUCAAGGGCGGCGUCGUGCCCGGGCUCAAUCUCGGGGAGUGCAUGUUUGUCGGCACGUCACAGGGUGUCCUCGAGGCCCGGGAAGCCCUCUCUCGCAAGCUCGGUGGCCUACUCCUCUGCCGGGCGUCAUAA